GUCCCCAGCGGAGGAGCGCAAAUGAAUCUGAAUGUCACUUUGAUAACAGCGACGCGUUGUUGCAGCUGACAAACAAAAAAAACACAGGAUCCGACAAAAGUGAAGAUAAAAACAAAAAGGGAGAGCGACCUAUGCGAAGGACGUUUCGUAAAGUUGCGCGCGCAUCCCUUAGGGUCACUGUCACAAUAUAGAUACGAUGCAGCCUGUGGAAGAGAUUCAGUGCCCGCCGAGGAGCCGGCCUGUAAGCUUAUACGACAAUUACAAGACCCCAGACGUGAUGUCGUCGAACACACCUCCCCCGGGAUCGCUCUUCGCCAGCCCGAACAUGAUCGGCGCGAUGUCUUACAUCCGCGACUGCAACGGUACAUCCAAUGUUAAUCAAAGCAAUAAUAACAACAAUAUUAGCAACAACAAUAAUAGAGUUACUAGCGCUGUCAGCACGGGCAAUGUGUCAAAGAUUCACACUGCCAAGGUUAAAAGUGCGGUGUCGACUGGUAACAUCGAACGAACCGGUCGCGGAGAUAAUAAAGAGAAGGAGUUCGGUCGUGCGCCAUCGAUGGCCAACUGCUUGUCAACCACAGUUCCUGUCAAUUUGGCAGCCUGUCAAAUAGCCGGACGACAUACACCCACAAGAAAUUCCCUGAGGCACAGCAGGAUGAUCGUAAUGCAUCGGACCGGCCACUUUACCAUGAACACACGUAGAAUCACCAAAAAAGUUACAUUAUCCAAAGGUCCGGAAAAGUUUAUACCUCCCUUGGUCUAUUAUCGACGAAUAGCUCUAUGUCUAGCGACGUUGAAAACUAUUCUCGGUAUUGCGGUGAUUUCUCUAUCGUUAUGGUUGUUGCUUUGGGCGCCACAUCUCCCUGUCGAAUAUAAUCCGUACUGGAGCGGAAUAUCUCUCUUACUAUCAGGAAGCUUCGGAAUUUGUCUGCUGUGUUGUUUUAAAAAAGAAUAUCCAAAUAUGUCACCUGGAUAUUGUCUUUCAUGUAUCAAGGUGUUUAGCGUAUUUCUAACGGUUGUAGCAACCAUUGCGUGCGGAAGCGCGUUCAUAUUCUCUGUUGCGCAUUUUUCGCGUCUCAAGAUAUUGGAAUGCACUCCGGCACAGGUACCAAAUGCCACGUGCAUAUGCAGGCCACGUGACGAGCCGUCUGAUUCACUCAAAGGUGCAAUCAGAUAUUUGGACCUUAAUUGUUCCGAAGUAGAAAAUACUCUGAAGCUUCUUGUUAUCAUCUCGUUUGCUCUGAAUGGAUUAGGCACCGUGCUGGCGGGAUUGUAUACUUAUCUUCAUUGGAAGACGAGACACAAACGACCAAAAUAUAUGCAAGUGAGGACCAACAGUAAUUCCGCAAAAAAUACCUGUAGACCAAUCUACAAAACAAAUCUCGAGGAAACGCGGGAACGAUGACGCUUGCGAACUAUAACUGAAGUCAUUUUCCGCACAAUCAUUGAAUUAAUUAACAAUUUUACACGAACGAAGAAACACUCUUUCAGAUAAAUUUUAACUUUUAAAAAUUUGUAAUAAAUUAUAUAUAAAUGGUAAAACAAAUUCUUUUACACAUGAUCGAAUAUCGCGCGAAAAUGAAAAAAAUUAUGUAAGUAUAUGCAAUAUAAAAUAUUAUUCUUCAAAUAUAUUUCACACACUAUUUAAAUAAUCAAACAACAAGCCGUGAAGGCUUAAUUAGUGCUCAUUAUUUUUUUUUAUAUAGAGACUCA